AUGGCCACGACCAUGAGUCGUCACAUGGACUAUCAUUCAUCACUCAAACCCGAGCCAGCAACGGCUCAACAACAAAUGAAUGCUUACGAUGCAACCAGCUCUGAGCAGUGGAAGUCAUAUCAGGACUACCGACCGGAGUAUCCGCCUAGUCUCUUUCAGCGAAUCUACACCUUCCACGUCGAAAACGGGGGAAGGUUUGAAGGCACGGCACAUGACGCCGGCUGCGGACCUGGCAUUACGGCCGGGAUUCUGUCCCUGCAGUUCACACACGUGAUCUGCAGCGACUUCUCGAAGAAGGCUGUCGACUCAGCGCGGACAAGACUCGUCGGCCCACCACAAUCGUUGAACAAGACAACUAAUGCCAACUUCAGCUUCAAAGUGGCUUCUGCCGAGGACAUGUCUUGGAUCGCAACUGGAACCAUUGACAUGGUUACUAUGAGUGAAGCGCUACAUUGGACCGACACUGCAAGGACGGUCGCAGCAGCACAUCAAGCUCUAAAGCCCGGCGGUACUUUUGCGGCAUGGUACUACACUCAGCCGCGACUGCCGGACAACGCUGCUGCCGAGACGAUCUUCAGAGAGAUACAAGCUUGUUGGUGUAAGCUCAGGAGGGAUUUCAGCAAAGAGAGCGAGCGAACGUUAUGGGUCGAACAGAGCGGGUAUGAUUGCGUCGCAUUUCCUGCGCAAAUGUGGGCAAGCGUGGAAAGAGUCAAAUUCAACACCCAGGGCAAUCGAGAUGUUUGGGUGCGAGACUGGGAUCUAGCUGAUAUGAGAUAUGAGAGCCAGAUCGACUUCUCGGAACGGGUGGAAUUCGUGCAAGAUGCUAGCGAGUGGCAGCAGGAGGUGAAUAUUGACUGGUUUCGUGGAUGGUUCGAGAGCCUGUUUCCUACCAUCAGCCCUGCCUAUUUGGACGACAUGCUCCCCAAGCUGGGAACGGCGCUAGGAUUACAUGGCUCAACUCGGGCGGUGUGGCCUGUUGUGCUUCUCCUCGCAAGCAAGAAAGGCUGA